CAGAAACAAACAAAAAUUCAUUCAAUUAAGUUUUUCACAAAUUGCUUACAUGUUUCUUACUGGCAUUUUGCUGGAGAGGAUGAAGAUGAAAAUCCAAGUGUGAAGAUUCAUUUCCUUCUUUUCCAUUUUAAAAAUAAUUAUAAUACAGAAUAGUAAGUCUAACCGUUAGAGCUUUAUUUCCUCAUUUGCCACGUCUUUAAAUUAUUUUUAUCUUUUUUUCUUCCAUUCCCACAAAAAAUUGCAUGUCAAUCCUUUUUUCCCUCUUCUUCUUCUUUUGAUCAAACCUAUUGAGUAGUUUUAAAUAGGUUGUUUUUCCUUGGACUUGAAUGGAGUCAAAGCAGUUCUUAUAAUGCCAGUCUAAUAGAUGGCUAAGGGGUUAUAUGAGGAUUCUGAAAUCAGGACGUGUGGAUGAAAUAGUUGGACAGGAUGGAAACAAACAAGGUGAAGGGGGUGGAGGAGGGAAGGAGCAAAUAGGGAGAACGCCGCAUUAGAAAGGGGAGGGUAAGGAGAGAGUGUGGGAGGGAGGGAGAGAAGUCGUCAGAGUGGCAGGGUGUGAUAAAUAAAAGGGAGCGAGGAGAGAGAGAGCAGACAGAAGACAGAGACUUGAAGGCGAGUUGGGGAAAAGAAGGAGAGAGAGGAAGAGGGAAAGAAGAAGGAAGAGAGAGAAGAAAGGAAGGAUGCAGUGAGAGCAGUACGAGAGAAAGAAAGAGAGAGAGAGAGAGAGAGAGAGAGAGAGAGACAAAGAGAGACAGAGAAAAGUGUCACUGAGUGACAUAGGAUUGGGGGUUCUCUUUUCCAGCUCCUUCCAGGUCUUUAGACUGCUUAUGAGUAGAGGAGUCUUGCUCUGUCUGGCAGUUGGACAGCGGCAGCGACAGGGACAGCUGCAAACCUGAGUGGACAGAGAAAGACAGAGACUCUGUAGCCCAGACAUAUCUGAUUUAAUCGGAGUAGCUUCUCCGCUAACUUCUGUUUGGUGCUGGUGAUCAAGGAGCCCGCCGGACUAAACAAGUGCACCAAUUGUGUGGCUUGCUGAAGAUGCUCGAACUAGUGACUUCGUCGGAGAGAGAACUCCCAGCAUAAACUGCCCCAUCCCUCCAUCGCCCUAAUUCUAGAAGUGAGAAGAGGACAAAAACAAGGAGGGGGUAAGGGGGAGGCAGGUGCCUCACUCUGCCGCCCAAUUCACCACCUCUGCGGCAUGGAUGGAUUCACACCCAGCAACCCCCUGCCCCUUGGUCCGGAUGACCUUAACAACCAGAGCAACAACACUACCUCCAGUGACUCGCCCUCCGUUCGGGCCAAUGGUACUGAUCUCUCAGACGUGUCCUUCGGCUACCAGGUAGUCACCUCGGUGCUGCUCGGGUCUUUGAUCCUCUGCGCGGUGAUCGGCAAUGCGUGUGUAGUGGCCGCAAUUAUCCUGGAGCGCUCUCUGCAGAACGUGGCUAACUAUCUUAUCGGCUCUCUGGCUGUCACCGACCUGAUGGUUUCCGUGCUAGUUUUACCCAUGGCUGCUCUCUACCAGGUCCUCAACAAGUGGACCCUGGGCCAGGUGACCUGCGACAUUUUUAUCUCCCUAGAUGUACUCUGCUGCACGUCGUCCAUCCUGCAUCUGUGUGCCAUUGCCCUGGACAGGUACUGGGCCAUCACCGACCCCAUUGACUAUGUAAAUAAGAGAACCCCCCGGAGAGCUGCUAUCCUCAUCAGCCUCACUUGGCUUAUCGGCUUUCUGAUCUCUAUCCCACCCAUGCUGGGUUGGCGGACCCCACAAGACCGCUCUAACCCCGACGCCUGCACCAUCAGCAAAGACCACGGCUAUACCAUUUACUCUACGUUUGGCGCCUUCUACAUCCCCCUGCUUCUGAUGCUAGUGCUCUACGGGCGGAUCUUCAAAGCCGCUCGGUUCCGGAUCCGCAAGUCAGUCAGGAAGACGGAGAAGUUUGGGGACAGUUGCUUCGGUAGUUCCCCUGCUCCCCCACCCAAGGACGACGACGGGGAAUCCAGCAGCAGGAAUUGGAGGCGCUGGGCGGAGCCCAAGACUGUGGAGGAGGCCUGCGUGAAUGGGGCUAUAAGGAUGGGUGAAGAUCGCGGCGCCGUGGAGGUGAUUGAGAUCCAACAGUACGGCACCUCCAAGGACCAUCUAUCGCUCCCCAGUGACGGUGGUGGACUCCCCAGUGUCACCUACGACCAGAAGGCCGAACGGAAUGCAGAAGCCAAGAGGAAGCUGGCUUUGGCCCGGGAGAGGAAGACGGUCAAGACCCUGGGCAUCAUAAUGGGUACCUUUAUCCUCUGCUGGCUGCCAUUCUUUAUCGUGGCCCUGGUCCUGCCCUUCUGCGAGAGCAGCUGCCACAUGCCCAACUCACUGGGUGCGAUCAUCAACUGGCUGGGCUACUCCAACUCUCUGCUCAACCCUAUCAUCUAUGCCUACUUCAACAAAGAUUUCCAAAGUGCUUUCAAGAAGAUCAUUAGGUGCAAAUUCUGCUGGCGUUAAUUCUGCGGCAGUAAUAUUUUGCUGGCUGGGGUCUGAUUGCACAAUCUGACCCCUCCCCAUGCUCACCCUCACCUCCACCUCACUUCUUGAUAAGUCACUCACCUCCAGAUUUAGCUUACCUCUUUUCUCCUAAACCUCCAUGUCACCACUGCCUCUGCCUUUGGGGUUCCAGUCUUCUUUAGCUAAUGCCACCCAAUGCUGGGGGGGGGGAGGGAGAAGGGG